CACCAGACUCGAUUUCACAACUCAAAUGUAAUUCGUCAUGUUGGGUCUUUACCUCGACCCCUUAUUCUCAAGCAUUCGUCAAUCACCGUGCGUCACUUUGCCGUCUAUUCAGACCCUCCAUUAUUUGUUACAGCACCGCUCUUUUACGUUAAUUCAAAACCACAUCUCGGUCACGCCUUCACUUUGUGCUUCGCAGAUGCUUGGAAUCGUUACUUAUUACUUCGCAAACGCCCAAAAAUUAUGGCGUUCGAUCUUUAUGAUACGGACCUACUGGGCCAAAUUAGUCUCGACUCUUGUUCUCCCUUCGUCUUAUCGACCGGUUCAGACGAACAUGGCACAAAGGUAUUUACAUAUUUUUACGUCUAACUAG